AUGGAUUCUCAUAAGGAAGAUGGUAACUAUUAAUCUAAUAUUAGUGUUACACAAACUUAAAUUCAAUAAAAUAAUAAAAAAUUCACCAAAAACCAAUUUUGAAGAAUGCUUAAAUCCUCCCUCUUUUGAUGAAAGCUUUUUCUUAGUUAAACCGAUCAUAUUAGAAAAUAACUAAAUAGAAAUUAAGUAAGAAUAAAUUAAUCAAUUCUUGCUUGAGAAUUGUGAGAAAUGGAUAGAAACAUAAGUAUCAACUAAAUAUCCAGCACCUCUAAAGUAAAAAUAAAUAAUUAGAAAAUUAUCACAAUUUUCUGUAUUUAUUUAAAUACUCAUCUUUAUGAAAUAUUUGAUAGAUAUUUUUAACAUCUUACUCAACCUCUUUUGUGGAUUAUAUAUCCCCUAUCUUAAACUCAUAGAAAGCAAUGAAAAAAUUAGAAAUAUACUAUAUUUUCUCAUAUUUUUUCAUUUUUUUACAAUAUUAAUCUAAAAUAUUUUCUCCUACUUAUAAAUUAUCAAAACAAAAAGACAAUCUUGUGAAGAAAAGUUCAGAUUUUUAAAUGAAAUUACUCUAAAGAAUUUAACAAUUAUAUCUUUUAUAUUAAUUUAUAUUGUAGAAAAUGUCAACUUAAUUCUUUAAAUUAUUUCAUUGUAUUAUUUUUCCCUUGGAUAUAAAAUGAUUGAAAUAUCUACUAUUUUGCUAAUUAUUUAGAGAAGUAAAUUAUGAAAUAAUAAAUAAAUUAGAAAAAUUUUAUAAAACUCUAGCUAUAUUUAAAGUAAUCGUUUAUUAUAUUUACUUUUUACAUCUAUUUUCAAGUUUUUUCCAAAACACUAAUUGUGAUGGUGACUUUAGAAUGAAAUAUUAAGAAUCCUUAAUAAUCAACAUUAAUUUUUUAACAUUUUAGGCUAAUUAUAAUGUCUAGGAUUCAACAAUGAAUUUUGAGGUAAUAAUUAAUUAGAUAAUGGCUUUAAUUAUUAUGUUUUAUACAAUAAAUGUUAUCAUUCAAAUUAGAUCUAAAGAUGAUUGUAUUUAAAAUUAAAUUAAAUUUGAUGUUUAUGUAUUACAAUAUUACAUAUGGCAUCAUAAAGGUUAAAUCUUUAAAAAAUUAAAAUUUUACUCAUAAAUUUCUAAUAGGGAAUUUACAAAACAACAAGUAUGUAUUUUAUUAUAAAUAAAAAGUUGGCUCAAUAAGACAUUAUUAAGAAAAUUUAUUAAUAAAUUAUGAAAGAUAAUUUAAAAGUUUUAGAGAUAUUUUCAAAAUAAUUUAAUAUCAAUUUAUCUUCAAAAGUGAAAUCAAUAAGGAGAACUAAAGAUAAAAUAAAAGAAGAUAAAUAUGGAUUAUAUUUGAUUUUGAAAGGAUAAGGAAAUUUAAGUUUUGCAACAAAAUUUAAUUAUAAAAAAGUAAUAGAAUCAAAAUAAUUUGUAUUUGGAUUAAUCAAUUGUUUUUAGAAAAACAUUUCUGAGGUAGAAUUAGAAUUGGAUAAUCAAUUUUUAUUGUUAUACAUCAAGCCUGAAGAUUUUUAUUCAAGUCUUACAGUGGGAUAAGAUUUUGUAAAUAUUCAUUUAAGAAUAGGAAUCAUUUCAUAUGAUAAAAAAUAAAAUAGUCUUUGAAGGGGAAACGAGUCUGAUAGAUUAUAGAUGUUGGAUUUGUAAUUAAUUUCAUUCAGAAAGAAAAUGUAAAAUUCUAAAAUUAGAAAUAACUUCUAAUAUGUUAAAUGAAUAAAAUAUUAGAAUGAAAUUUAAUAAAAGAUUUAAGAAGAAAAGAUAAAGAGCAUUUAAAACAUAUGUAAAAUUCAAUUUUAAUAGUAUUUAGAUGAUUUAUAAAUAAAAUGAUGAUGCAACGAUUGAUUAGAGUGAGAGUAGUGUUAGUGAUAGUUGUGAUUAAUUUGAAAUACAUGCUGAUGAUGGCAGCGGAAGUCAAAAAUUUACAGAUAAAAACUUAAUUGUAACAAGUACAAUUUAAAAGGAUGGGUAUACAGCAGACUACAUUCCAGAUAAAUUGUAUGAACAAUUGAAGAGUAGCCAUAGAAAUAUAUAAUUGCAGCCAUCUAUUCAAACAAGUAGUUAAUAGAUUGGAGAAAUGCUUAGAUCAGAAAUUAGAAGCAUUCCUUUACAUUCAUCUUAAUUCAAAUUUUAAGAUCUUUUAAGUGUUGAUGACAUUGACUGUCUUAAAGAAUAUGUAUAUUUUUAUCCAGAAUUCAACAUCAGCUAUAUUAUUUCCCUUUUUCAAAAUUGA